CCCUUGUUCCCAGGACAGACCCAUUCAAUCUUUCACAAUCCAGAUAGAUGUGUUCUCUUCCAAAGCCAAUCCCUUGUAAAGUACUGAAUAUUCAUAGACUAGAGAGCUUUCUGCCCCCUCCCCUCCUGGCACAAAAGGGAUCGACUCAGGUAACGGCAACAGUCAAUGCAGCAAGAGACUUUUAUGGGACAUAGCUGCGGUGUUGGGAACUGUCUUUUUAGGUUACAGAAGGACUCCUGUGUACGGAGCACACACUCAACCUGUAUAGUUGCCAUGCAGUACAAAUGAAAUAACAGGAACACGCAAUAGAGCUUUAUAUUCUCAAAGGCAAACGUCUUUUGUUACAAUGGCAGGCCAGCAACAUGGAGAUACAGUGCCUGUAUUAGAUGUGGACAAGGUGAAUUUCAUACACACACCAUGCUGCAAAUGGACAUUGGCUUCAAUACUUCUUGGAGGCACGGCCAUCAGUGUCACUACAGGACUAUUAAUAAUGUAUUUAACAACAACACAAAGCCUCACUGUCAUCCAAACUUUGGAAUUACAAGGUCUUCGGUACAAUCCCAGUUUACAAAAUAGCUCUUCUUUGUACUACAAAUCAAUAACCACUACGUUACAGAGAAUGUUGAAAUCCAGUUUCAAGAAUACUGUUCUAGAAGAUAGUUAUACAGGAUUAACAGUUUUACAUUACAGCAGAGGGAAUGCAAGCAUCAUUGCCCAUCUCAAGAUGCAGUUUAUUUCAUCAGUUCACACUGAUGAUCGAGAGCAGAUAGAAGACAUUCUCAGAGAAGGCCUGACCUCCUCACUAAGUGAUCAGCCCAUCCCAGUGUACACCUAUGGGAAUAUCACUUCUGCAGUACUUGCAGAUAACGGGCUAUCCUUCUAUUCUAUUGGUAUAAAGUCAGGAAGUUGCCCUUCUCAAGUAUUUGCCUGCAAGAACAGCCAAUGCAUUGUAAAACAAAACCCAGAAUGUGACAAUGUUCGCGACUGCAAAGAUGGAUCAGAUGAGAAGAACUGCAAUUGUGGUACUCGACCAGCAAUGCAAAAAGCCAACAGAAUAGUUGGCGGGUCCGAUGCUUCAAAGGGAGAGUUUCCAUGGCAGGUCAGCCUCAGAGAGAAUAAUGAACACUUCUGUGGAGCCACCAUAAUAAGUGCUAAGUGGCUGGUUUCAGCAGCUCACUGCUUUAAUGAUUUUCAGGAUCCAGCUGUAUGGGUGGCUUACAUAGGAUCUACAUCUCUGAGUGGUUUAGACAGCAGCACAGUGAAAGCCUCCAUCAAAAGCAUUGUAAAGCAUCCUUCUUACGACCCGGACACCGCAGAUUAUGAUGUGGCUGUACUGGAACUGGAGUCUGAAUUACGCUUCAACAAAUACACCCAACCAAUCUGCCUUCCAGCCUCCACUCACAUCUUCCCCAUGGGCAAGAAGUGCAUUAUUACAGGAUGGGGCUACCUCAAGGAGGACAACUUGGUGAAACCUGAAGUGUUGCAAAAAGCUACAGUUGCCCUCAUAGAUCAAACACUCUGCAAUAGCUUAUACAGCAAUGUGGUCACAGACAGGAUGGUUUGUGCAGGUUAUCUGGAGGGCAAAAUUGAUUCAUGCCAGGGCGAUUCAGGGGGCCCUCUGGUUUGCGAGGAGGCAUCAGGUAGAUUCUUUUUGGCGGGUAUUGUCAGCUGGGGAGUGGGUUGUGCUGAAGCUAGAAGACCUGGGGUCUAUGUGAGAGUGAGCAAGGUCCGGAACUGGAUCCAGGAUGUCAUUUCAGCACAGACACAAAUGGAAUCACAUGCAAAUUUGAUUACUACCACCAGUAAUAGCAAGAAGACAACAAACCCAAAAGUUACAACUGCACGACCUCUAACUAAAUAUUCCACAACUAAAGCUAAACCUGGCAGUAGUACCAUGCCAGCUAAACCAACUCAGAAACCUCUCAGUACGUCUAAACCUCAAGAAUGCGGCAGCCGUCCUGGUCUAACAAAACCCAACAAAAUAGUGGGAGGUUUUGAUGCUGUCAGAGGAGAAGUACCAUGGCAAGCAAGCCUAAAGGAGGGCCCACAUCACUUUUGUGGGGCAACAAUAAUUGGAGAUCGAUGGUUGGUGUCUGCCGCUCAUUGCUUUAACCAAACAAAGUUGGACCAAAUUACUGCUCACAUGGGUUCCACAGCUCUAAGUGGAGCUGACACAAUGGCUGUAAAGGUCAGCUUAAAGAGAGUAAUCCAGCAUCCUCAAUUCAAUCCACUGACCCUGGACUUUGAUGUAGCUGUCAUAGAACUGUCAAAUGCUCUCACUUUUAACAAAUAUGUGCAGCCUGUCUGUCUCCCUUCUGCCCUGCAAAAGUUUCCAGCUGGUUGGAAGUGCAUGAUUUCAGGAUGGGGCAACAUCAAAGAAGGCAAUGUGUCUAAACCCGAGGUUCUGCAAAAGGCUUCUGUGGGUAUUAUUGACCAGAAAAUUUGCAGUGUCCUUUACAACUUCUCAAUAACAGACCGCAUGAUCUGUGCCGGAUUUCUAGACGGAAAGGUGGACUCCUGUCAGGGAGAUUCUGGUGGACCCCUGGCAUGUGAAGAAAGUCCUGGUGUUUUCUUUUUGGCUGGCAUUGUAAGUUGGGGUAUUGGAUGUGCUCAGGCUAAAAAACCAGGGGUUUAUAGUAGAGUAACAAAACUUAAAGAUUGGAUCCUGGACACAGUGGCUCCUGUACUGAGAACUACAGAUAGUGGUAUGAACUUGCCUAAGUCCACUAUGCAUCCUACAACUCCUAUGACCACUACAAGACCAUCCACCAUGCGACCACCCAUGUCCACUGGGCGAAGGACAACAACAGUAUCUAGACCUACAAUGCCUCAAAUAAAACCUACAAAAAGUACUCCAAAGUCAACUACUUCUAAAGCCACAAGUAAGAGAACAACUACUGCCAAGACAAGCACAACAGCAUUAAAGAUCACUGAGCCACCGAGACCCACACAAAGACCAGUUCCAUGUACUGCAUCCACCUACAAAUGCUCCAACAGACUCUGUAUCAGCAAAACAAAUCCAGAGUGUGAUGGAAUCCCAGACUGCACUAAUGGCUCCGAUGAACAAAACUGCGAUUGCGGUUCUGCUCCUGUACUACCUUUUAACAAGAUAGUUGGAGGCAGCGGAUCUCUGCGAGGAGAAUGGCCAUGGCAAGUUAGUCUGUGGCUAAGAAGAAAGGAGCACAAAUGUGGAGCCGUUCUGAUCUCGGACCGUUGGCUGCUGUCGGCUGCCCACUGCUUUGACAUUUACAAUGACCCCAAGGUAUGGGCAGCAUACCUGGGAACCCCUUUCCUCAAUGGGGUAGAGGGAAGAGUGGAGAAGAUUUUCCGAAUCCACAAACAUCCCUUCUACAACGUAUACACUCUGGAUAAUGAUGUGGCUCUGCUGGAGCUGCCUUCACCUCUCGCCUUUACAAAUCUAAUAAAGCCUAUCUGCCUCCCAGACACCAGUCACAGCUUUGUAGAGGGAACGAAGUGCUUCAUUACAGGAUGGGGCUCUACUAAGGAAGGAGGUCCAAUGUCCAGACAGCUCCAAAAGGCCUCGGUCACCAUUGUAGGAGAUCAAACAUGUAAAAAAUUCUAUCCCAUUCAGAUAAGCCCCAGAAUGGUUUGUGCUGGGUUCAUGCAAGGUGGUGUUGACAGUUGCUCUGGUGAUGCUGGUGGACCCCUAGCAUGUAGAGAACCGUUUGGUCGAUGGUUUCUAGCUGGAAUAACUAGCUGGGGCUAUGGCUGUGCAAGACCAUACUUUCCAGGAGUUUACACCAGAAUAACCUCUGUCCGUAACUGGAUUGGGCAGACUUUACGAUUAUGAGAAUUACAACUCAGGGAGAGGCAGACCAAACUGGAUAAAUCAAAACUGUGCACGGCCCGCUUAACCGCUAGCCUUAAGACCUUGGAAACGACAAAGAGGACAUUCUACUGCAAUGAUCACUCAUACACAUGAGAUGGAAAAUGUAGACUGCAUUUUCUAUGAAUAAAUGUGACCUGCUCUUAUGACAGCAAAAUAUCAUGAAUCUGUGCAACACAAAAUGAGAUUCUGAGCCUAUGCCAUCUAUACACACUAUUCCAUACAUGAGUAAAGUGAUAUGUAUUUGGUAAAAAGGUCAAUCUUUAGUAGAAAUGCUGUGAAAAACUUUAGUGAUAAAUAAGGAGGUAAUAAGGCAUAGUCCUAAACAGCAACUUUUUAUAGAGUUGCAUGUAUAGAACCAAAACAAAUGUGCAACAUCAAACCAAAAAGUUGACAUAUAGCAAACUCUUAUCAUUAACUAUGCUGUUAUGAAAUGGAAUAAGGGAAGACGAUAGUGUCUUUUUUGAGAUAAGACAGUCCUUCAUACAAUACAGAGUAAUGAUUCCUAAUAAAGUCAGGAAGCAAUUCUGUUCGUUGACCAAACAUGCCUGAAGUGCAGCCUGGGAAAUGUGACGUUAAAGAAGCUCAUGAUGUCCAGAAAAUGUUGUCUUCUGUCAUAUGUAUGUGAUUGCCAUAAUGUAAACCACAAAUAUGCAUGUAAGUAUUCAUAGAGCAAUAUAUAAACAGUCUACAGACAUUAUACAGGUAAACGAUGUGAUACCUUGUUCUAGACAAACUGUAUAAAUGUGCAUCUGUUAAGGUUUCCAGAAUUAACAUUCACGCACUACACACAAGUCAAUCAAAAUCAGUUUAUUCAUCCAUGUCUGCUUCCAUCAUGAUCCCAAGACGAUAAAACAUGAGGAAUUCUUGUCAAUACAGACGGAACAGAUGUGGCAUUUGGAAAUCUGUAAAACAGUGUUGCAGUGAGGAAUAUGAUGUCUAUGAUCAAGUGUGUAACCAGUAAAAUAUACUAUUAAACAGCAAGUGUCUCCAGUCCGUGUUGUCUUAUGUUUAACAGCCUACUAAUUCAUCUACGAAAGGCUUCUCAUUCUCAAACGUAGGAACGAUGGGUGAAAGCAGCAGCUGUAAGUUAUGUAUUCAGAAGACAUGUAGAGUCCCCUUGCUGUAUGUAUAUUAUAAAAACAACAUGACCAUAGAACUUGGCCGAGUGGAAUCCUGAGUAAUAGCCGUUUCAACAGCAUAUGGCCUCUUUCACACGAACGUGUGCACUCCACGGGCACAUUU